UCCAUUUCCAGGAAUAGUUUGUAUUUGAUCAUCCAAAGGGUGAGAAAAGCAAAGGAGAGGAUUUAACAAUGGCGUCUAUUUCUCUUAGUUCCGCUCAUUUAUUUUCAACUCCGUCUCGCUCCUCCGUUUCCACUUCAUCGCUUUCUCCGUCUCAGUCUCAGUCUCUACCUCUUUUCCGAUCACCGAUCCGCCGCCAUUACCGCAGUCGUCUUUCCUUCUCCGUCAUCCCCCGCCGGUCUUCUCACUCAUUCUCCACGUCCACUUAUCAGAUUAGGUGUUCGGUAGAUGAGCCACUGAAAGUGAUGAUCUCUGGUGCACCUGCUUCAGGCAAAGGCACUCAAUGUGAGCUCAUUGUUGACAAGUUUGGUUUGGUGCACAUAUCAACGGGGGAUCUCUUGAGGGCAGAGGUGUCAUCCGGGACAGAAAUCGGAAAGAAAGCAAAAGAGUUCAUGAAUUCGGGUAGUUUGGUUCCGGACGAGAUCGUAAUAGCGAUGGUGGCAAGAAGAUUAUCACGUGAAGACGCUAAAAAGAACGGAUGGCUUCUCGAUGGCUUUCCACGGACUUUUGCGCAGGCGCAAAGUCUGGAUAAACUGAACGUCAAGCCCGACAUUUUUCUCUUAUUAGAUGUUCCUGAUGAAAUUCUAAUCGACAGAUGUGUUGGUAGAAGGUUAGAUCCAGUGACUGGAAAAAUUUAUCAUAUUAAAAGUUACCCUCCUGAAUCGGACGAAAUUAAAGCGAGACUGCUUACACGCCCUGAUGAUAAAGAAGAGAAGGUAAAAGCACGUUUGCUAAUAUACAAACAAAAUUCUGAAGCCAUUAUUUCUGCAUACUCAGAUGUUAUGAUCAAGAUUGAUGCAAACAGGCCAAAAGAAGUGGUUUUCGAGGAGACACAAACUCUACUAUCUCAGAUACGCUUAAAAAGAAUGAUACGGACUGAUAAAGCAUCUGCUGUUCAGGAUAACUGGAGAGGGAUACCAACAAGAUUGAAUAACAUUCCUCAUUCGAGGGAUAUCAGGUCUUAUUUUUAUGAAGAUGUGCUGCAAGCCACAAUUAGAUCUAUCAAGGAUGGAAACACCCGUCUUCGGGUGGACAUAAAUAUCCCUGAGCUAAAUCCAGAAAUGGAUGUUUACCGGAUAGGAACCUUGAUGGAACUUGUUCGAACUCUAGCCUUGUCAUUCGCUGAUGAUGGAAAAAGAGUGAAGGUUUGUGUUCAAGGUUCAAUGGGGGAAGGUGCACUCGCUGGGAUGCCACUACAGUUAGCAGGCACUCGAAAGAUUUUAGAAUAUAUGGACUGGGGUGAUGAUGAAACUUUGGGAACUUUCGUCAAGCUUGGUGCCAUUGGUGGUAAUGAAGUUGAUGACGAAGACGACUUGUUCAUCUUAGUGGCUCCACAAAACGCCGUUGGAAACUGCAUUAUAGAUGACCUACAAGCGAUGACUACUGCUGCUGGGAAGAGGCCAGUUGUGCUUAUCAAUCCUAAACUCAAGGACUUACCCGCUUCAAGUGGCAUAAUGCAAACAAUGGGCAGGGAGAAAAGGCUGGAAUAUGCUUUAACGUUUGACAACUGCUAUGAAUUCCGGCUUCUCUAUUAUGCCGGAACACAAUACCCGAUUAUGGGCGCCCUAAGGAUGUCUUAUCCUUAUCGGUAUGAGCUUUACAAGAGGGUGAAUGAGGAAAAUGGGAAGGAAAAAUACAUCUUAAUAUCAACGUACUCUGAAAGGCCAACCCCUGACCAAAUCAACGAUGCCUUCUCUGGAAAAUCGCGGGAGGAAAGCAAGAAGCCAUCAGGAAUCUGGGGGUUCCUCGGAAGCGGUUUUUUUUAAAGUAGGGAGCUAAAACAGUUGUGGAACAUUCGAGUUAACAAAUGGUGAUGAAGAUUGAAGGUGCAAAACAACAUUGGUGUAAGGGAAAUUGCACUGUGGGGCUGCUCUAACACAAUGUGUUUUAUAUUCAUCUUUUGGUCUUUCGUAUGUGUUAUGUAUAGAGUAUCUGAUGUCCAGUUUGAAAAAAUGAUGAUAUCUCUAGUCUUUGAUAGGAUGGUCUAAGCAUCAUAUAAUUCAUUGUCGCAGGCGCAGCACAUGAACCUGUCUUUGGAA